CUUUGCCGAGAGGGCGUUAGCAGAUAAGCAGUCUCAAGUGCGAAUUUUCGUCAGACACUAUCAGUAUUUUGUAGUCGUUCUGAUCAGCAUCGAGUUUAGAUAAGCGCUUGUUAAAGAACAUUGAGAUAUUAUUCCGUUUUGAAAGUGCGAACAGUGCCAAGUCAUUCUAUUUAAUUAGAAAUUAAAAUUUUUGUGCUAUUAAUAACAGCUAAUUGUGAAUCCAGGUAAGCGUUAAAUUAUUGGAGCAAUUUUAGUCUCCAAUCAUUAACAAAGGAUUCUCUCCAUUCCUCCCAGUACUUAUGCAAGUAAUUCUAACAAUGAGUUAAUGACAGGUGACAAGUCUAGUGUAUAAUCAACAUAAAAUGCGUCUCCUCUAUGUGGAUGCUAUACCAGGAAUUGUAAAUAAUGCAUUCCAGAACAAGGAACCAUGGCAAAUAGUAACUAUGACCAGUACAGCUACACUCGCUACAGUAUGGUUGUGGAACUUUAUUUUCUGUCAAGAUGAAAGUCUGUUGAACCGUGGAAAGAAACAGCUGUUCAAGUUAGCUCGUUACAUUCCCUCUAUUCGUGAUAAAAUAAAUAAAGAACUAGUUAAUAUUAAUGAAAACUUUGAAAAAGAUGUUGUGCACAGACUUAAAGAAUCUUCAUUUAUUGUACAUCUUCCUAAAAAUGGUCUAAAUAAUGAAGAAAUAUUACAUUUAGUGAAGCAAUCUGUUAACUUAGGUGAUUAUGAUUGGCAAUCAGGUCGUGUGUCUGGUGCAGUUUAUAGAACCAACAGUGAUCUUAAACAUCUGAUGGGAGCUGUGUAUGCAGUUGCAUCGUACACUAAUCCGUUACAUCCAGAUGUAUUCCCAGGAAUUUGUAAGAUGGAAGCCGAAGUCGUUAGAAUAGCCUGUGACUUGUUUCAUGGAGACAAAGAAACUUGUGGAACUAUGACUACAGGCGGCACAGAAUCGAUUUUAUUAGCGUGUAAAACAUUUAGAGAUUAUGGUCGUGAAGUUAAAGGCAUCAAGAAGCCAGAAAUAGUAAUGCCGGUCACUGCUCAUGCAGCAUUUGACAAAGCUGCGCAAUAUUUAAAUAUAAAAAUACGUGCUAUACCUGUUGAUCCAGAUAGUUUUACAGUUUCUAUCCAUGCCAUGAAAAAGGCAAUCACGAAAAAUACAAUAAUGUUAGUAGGAUCUGCACCCAAUUUUCCUUAUGGAACAAUGGAUGAUAUUGAAGCAAUUUCUGAAUUAGGUGUGAAAUAUAAUAUACCAGUUCACGUAGAUGCCUGUCUAGGUGGUUUUCUCACUUGUUUUAUGCCUGAUGCUGGUUAUCAUUCACCGUUAUCUGACUUUAGACUACCUGGUGUUGCUAGUUUAUCAGCUGAUACCCACAAGUAUGGGUAUGCGCCAAAAGGAUCUUCAAUAAUUUUAUAUCGGAACAAAAUGUAUCGACACUAUCAAUAUACGAUAAGUACGGAUUGGCCUGGUGGUAUUUAUGGUUCUCCAACAAUAAAUGGUUCCCGAGCUGGUGGCAUUAUCGCUUCUUGUUGGGCCACAUUAAUGUUUUUAGGAUACAAUGAUUAUGUGGAAUCUACCAAGAAAAUUAUAGAAACUACAAAAUAUAUUGAACAAAAUUUGAGAGAAAUGGAUGGGAUUUUCAUAUUUGGUAAACCAGCCACAUCUGUCAUUGCAAUAGGUUCUAAUAAAUUUCACAUUUAUCGACUAUCGGAAGCUCUCAGCGCCAAAGGCUGGAAUUUGAACACCCUACAAUUUCCUUGUGGUAUGCACAUAUGUAUUACACAUAUGCAUACUGAGCCAGGAGUGGCUGAUCAAUUCUUAAAGGACAUGAAGUCUGAAUUGACAACGAUUUUGGAAACUCGUAAUACUUUGGUGGAAGGAAAGUUGGCAAUGUAUGGAAUGAGUCAAAGCAUCCCAGAUAGAAGUGUGGUUGGCGAUUUUACAAGAUGCUUUUUGGAUUCUAUGUAUUAUACUAAAGAAAGCUAAACAUGUCAAUCAUCUCAUCAUAAGAAGUGAUAAUUUAUGCAAUGAAGAUAUAAAACACAUUCUUUCUUCCUGUGAUGGAUUAAGGAUUAAAAUUCAAAUAUAUUUUCUAUAACUAUUCUUUCAGUGGAAAUUCGUGCAAAUAUACAAAUAUUUUUAUCAAAGUAUAAAAAGAGAGAGAAAGAAAGAAUAUUCUUUUGUAUGUUAUAAAAUAUAUUAUAGAAUAAACCGAAAAACUACUGUAUAGUACAAUCACUCUCAAAAUAAGAAAGAAAUCAAUUUUCUUAUCCUCGAGUGAUCUCGUUUCUAUAUAUAGAUUAAAUUUUACAUUUAUGUAUAUUAAA